UUUUAUCCUGCCCAGCUAGCAGCGGCGAGGCAGAAGGCGGAGUGUCGCGAGCAGGCGAGGCGGUAAGGACGGCAGGGUGACGCGUGACGACUCGUGACACCUGUUGGCACCGCGAAGCUGUGACAUGGAACCCGACGCACUCAAGUCAUGCCAGUGGAGUCAGUCAUCAUCAGAGAGCAGCAAGAGUUUGAACAGCCCUCCCAAAAUCACAAGUUCAUUGUGGAAACAGUUGUCUGAAGAACAAGAUUUAAGUGAAACAACUUUCUUACCUUUUAUAAACAGCCUCACUGACAAUAAUGUGUCAAGUGAAUAUGAAAUAAAUUCAAACUUUCAGUCUUCCACAAAGUACGAGGAAGUGUGGAAGUCUCCCUAUGGUGACAGUGAUACAGAUGUGGCUCAAUUAGGUAUGAGAAAUCCAUGGGAUCCCAUAACCAGCACCAACCAGAGAUCCAGUAAUUUACAUCACCUAGGAUUAUCAAACAGUGCCAGAUAUUCUAGUAACAUUACAGAGGAUAUUUAUGGAAAAAGUGAGAAGGAAAAUAUUUUUUUAACAUGCACAAAAGCUGUGGGAAGUAAAAGCUGUUAUAAUCCUCUUUUAGAUAAAAAAGACUCCAUUUCUCUCUCCAAGGAAAUGCUUUUUCCACAGCAAAGCUUAUCAAGUAAUGUAUGGAAUACUAAUCCUAGAGCACCGUAUGGAGGUCCCAGUCAAGAUGCCCUGACUGGUAGUGAUUCCUAUGGGAUUGGUGUCAACUCUGUGUCAUGGGAGCCAGUGCAUUCAGUCUUGAGACCAACAACUAAAGAUAUAGGAAAUAUAUCUAAUUCAUUAUACAGUGACUCCCAAAAGAUAGAUAAUCUUUACCAAAGUCAAGCAUCAAGUGAUUUGUCCUCUCAUCAAAACUCUCUUCCGUUCAGCCUUUCCCCUCGUGACUCCUAUUGUAACCAGCAAGCUACCACCUCAAAUUUUCAACCACAAAAGCAGCACACAGAUUUGGUUGCCUUGAUGCAGGAACUCUCAUUCUUAACUGAUGCAAGAGGCAUGGGUAAUUUAUCUUACAAUAAUAGUGCACUGCCCACACACCCAUCUCAGAAACCUGCCACAGCAACCUCAUUGCCCUUGUCCACCAAAGGAUGUGUGUUUUGCAAGAACAAUAAUUACCAUUCUACCUUCUAUAAAUCACAUGUGUUGAAGGAUGAACGAGGUCAUUGCCAGUGCCCUGUGCUAAGGAUGUAUGUGUGUCCCCUCUGCAAUGCCACAGGUGACUCUGCUCACACUCUCAAGUACUGUCCACGCAACACAGUGACCAGAGGAGAUCCCAUCUCAGCAGGCCUUCCACCAGGAAAAGUCACAAACUGGAGGGAAGUGGCUAAUAGAAUGAUGAGCCGUUAUACUUCCAAUAAUUGUUAGAUGCACUUGGCUUAUAUUGAAAUGGAAUAAGUUUUAUGUAUUUGUUUACUACAUGGAAGAUUAUGUCUACAGCUUGAAUUCUGGUAUAUUAUGUAUUUGAUAG